ACAUCGCUCUCGUCGCUUGACGGCCUGCUGCAAAGCGACAAUCUUUCAUCUCCCUCGCGCCCUCUGUUCUACAGAGAGAGAGUCGAGAGAGAGAGAGAGAAUGGCAGUCCAACCGCCGGUGAAGAAUUUCCACGGCGAGCGAUGCGGAGCUCUGUCUUUCCUGAGCUCGCGCUCGGCGACGCAACAUGCCGGCGCUCCUAAUCGGAGCCGCUUCCGCUCCGUCGUCUCUCUCGCGCCGGCGAGACGCUUCGCAGUCGUGGCUCUCGCAGCGAAGAGAAGCCCCAAGCGCCUCAAGUACGCCACUCCUCGCUUCGCCAAGGAGGGCGGGCUGCUGUAUGUUGAAGUUGAUCCCUUGGGGGGAGACAGUUGGAAAUUGGAUCCUGUGGUUGAUCUUCUGAGGGAAGGAGCUGUUGGGGUGAUUCCUACAGAUACAACAUACGCCAUAGUUUGCGACUUGAAGAGCCAUUCAGCAAUUGAAAGACUUAGGAGAAUCAAAGACAUAGCUCCUUCCAAGCCUCUUAGUAUAUUGUGUCACUCCUUCCACGACAUAGAUACAUACACAAUGGGAUUCCCGCGUGGUGAUGAUUCAGGACAUAUGAAUAUAUUUCGAGCUGUGAAACAUUGCUUACCUGGUCCUUAUACUUUCAUUUUAACUGCAAGCAAAGAGUUGCCAAAGCAAUGCACUAGGUAUGGGACUACAGCUGCCAAAUAUGCUCACAGGAAAAGUGUUGGCGUCCGAAUUCCUGAUGAUGCCAUAUGUCAAGCUAUAUUAGAGAGGAUGGAUUCACCCUUAAUUUCCACCAGUGUCAAAGGGCCAAAAGAUGACGAGUGGAUGAUAGAUCCAGUUGUCAUAGCGGAUAGUUAUGGACCAGAGGGCCUUGACUUUGUGGUUGAUGGAGGCAUCAGGGUGGCUGACCCAUCUACUGUGGUUGAUAUGACAGGACAUUACCCGAAAAUCCUACGGCAAGGGAAGGGACCUAAAUUACCCUGGAUGGUGGCUGAAGAUGAUGAGGAUCUCAUUGCUGGCGCUACUUGAUCUGUGCAACUUGACCGACGGUCUGUAUAGGUCCUAAUGCACACCGGGGCCAUCAGGAGUCCUGAUCAUGUGUAGAGAGGAGGCCUCUAUUGUAUAGGGAGACCGAAGCAACAAAUCUAUGAUUGCUGGUGUAAGCGAGAAGAACGACCGCGAUUGUAAAUAUUGUUUAACCACAAACAGCUGUCCUUAAAAGGGUAUUUCGAUCCUUUGACUUUUUGUCCAAA